AUGGCUCAGCCCACGCCGCGAGUCCGGCGCACGUCGCAAAAUACGCAAUACACCUACAACCUCUCGAGACGUAUCCACGAUGUCAAGACCUAUCCCGUCCAGUCUCCCCAAGGAGCCACCAUCUUUCUAUACGGCCACGACAACGGCGUUUCCAUUGUAUGGAAAGGCGGCCGCCGCUUCAAGCCCGUGAAGAAGCAGCCUUCUCCACCCGAAAAGCAGAACGGAGCCACCGACGACGCUGUCAUGAUCAUCGAUUCAGACGACGACGAGCCCCCGUCCAAAUCAUCCAAAGCACCGGCUCCUUUCACCGACAAGCCCGAGUUCGAGGACACCGAGGAGGAUACCCCAUACCCGGAGAUCAUUCAAACGCUGGAUCUUUCCCUCGGUACGGCCGCCUUACACUUGGCGGUGUUGCCUAUGACGCCGUGCCCAGCCGAGGAUGCGGCCUGGGAAGGAGCCGACGUCCUCAAGGAGAAGAUGGUUUUCACCGUGGCCUGCGCUACCAACGAGCUCUAUGUCGUUACACUCCCUCUGACGCCACCAAGUCCCGAGAGCAAGGCACGUCCUGAGCUGAGAUCCAGCUUGUUGGCCGGUAAGGCUGGAUCUGGUGUGUGGGGAGAGAGGGUUAUUUUCCUCGGUGGACAGUACAAGCACAGCGAAGGCAUCGCCAUGUCAUUAAUCAAGCCCAAGACUGAGAAGUCCGGCAUUUCACAGAAGCCACGCCUGGUCGUGGCCGCGCACACCCGCGAGGCGUCCGGCACUCUCCGUCUCUGGGACGUUCCCCUGGAUGUACAGCCCGGCGAAGCCAGCGGCCGCAUCAACCCCUUCCAAACCGAAUAUCUACCGAGUCCUCUGUCGAGCAUCUCCUUCAACCCUACACAUCUCACACAAAUUCUGACAGUUUCUACGCCUCACGCUGUUCGCAUCUAUGAUUACGCGCAGCCCUCCUUGCCUCCGGACGACCAGGCCGUAGGGCCUUUCCCCAGCCAAGGGUCAUGGCUUCUCUCCCUUUACCACCCUUUCACUCGUCCCACUUCAACGAGGAAACCUAUCCUCGAUGCUGCCUGGAUUUCCCAUGGCAGAGCCGUUCUUGCCCUGCUUGCCGACGGCACCUGGGGAAUCUGGGAUGUGGACGGCGCCAGCCCGCUUGGUGGCUCCCUCCUCGGGAAGAACAGCUCUGGAAUCAAGGGUGCGGCGCUGACAGCCUUCAGCGCGACUGGGCAUGUCGAGGGAACGGGUCCCUUGCGCGCCACAGCUGGAGUGCCAAGGUCGAACGGCAACGGGGAGUUCGUGCCUAUGACACCCCACACCCGCCGUGAUGCUGCAGCUUCCUUGAGUGCUGCCGGCUCUCUGGAACGCCUCGUAGCCGUUAAGGGAGGCAUUGUGGUGACGCCUCUUCCCGGCAACAGCUCAGGUUCCGCCGAUGAGAGCGUCGUACUGUGGAUUGGCGGUCUUGAUAAUGUCUCCGUCAUUCCCGCGGUCAGCCGAUUCUGGGACUCGCAACUGCGACGCAGCUCCGGCGGCGGCGUGAACCUAUUCAGCGGUACUACGCCUACAAAGAUGAUCCGACUCCAAGAUUUGGCCACAGGGCUGUUGGGUGAGAGAUGCUGCGGCGUGGGUGCAGCAGUCGACUUUUCCAAGCUCAAGGACAACGACGGCGGUCUCCAAAUUGAAGUUUUCGUGAUGGGUGAGAGCCGACUGGUCAUUGUCCAAGAGUGUGAAGAUGCACCCGGCGCGAAGAUCGGAGGUGUGGUCUCAACCCGCCGACGUCUUUUCGAUAAGAAGGAGCAACCCAGCGCCAUUAUCGUCCACCCCCGACCGGACCAGCCCCGCAACGUCUCAUUCAACCUCAGUGUCAACAAGACAAGAAGCCUGCGCGGUCAGUCCUAUGGACGCGACAGCAUUGCUCCCGAUGACGAUGCCACCCAUGACUUCACGCUGCCAAUCGGCAGACCGAAGUCCAGCAUGGGCUUCGGCGGCUUCGCCAGUGGCUUGGAAGCUGCGGCGGACGUGCAAGGCGACGACGAAGGCCGUGACUUCGAGGAAGAGAUGUUGGAUAUCAUGGAGAUUGAUCAAGCUUUGACAACGAUGGAAAGCGGCGGUGGACGCAAGAGGGUCUCAUUCACUUGA